CUUCGCUCCUUUUCUGAGAAGCGCUGAAACUUCAGUAGCAGAGAUGGGUUCUCUAAUGGCCGGAUGGAACUCUCCCGUCCAAGAUCCUAAAUCAGUCAAGUUCAAGAGGAAUCGAUCGCUUACCAAAGAGGAAAUCGAAGCUUACUGGAGAUCGAAGAGGAAGUUGGAGGAAGAGCAUCUCAGAGCGAUUUCUAUGCCGGUGGAUCCUCAUGUUGAUCGCGAUGUGGUCGGAAUAGAUUACAAAAGAUCGAGUUCGUUUCCGCCUGCGAACGGCACGGCGGAAGAAGUAUUUGUGAAUCGGAGCGAUUUCGAGAGGAAAAACCUAGAGAAAUUGAAGCCAAAUGACUGGUGGACGAGGAGCAACUCGGCUUUUCUGAAUGAACCGCCGGUCCUCGACGGCGCUGCCAAAGCUUACGCGGCCUCGUUCAAGUUGAAUCACAGUAACGGAAUCGGUGCUUGACACACCUUUGAUUGCACUCACGAAAGAGAGAAGAGAAGUUAAAUUAAAUAC